GACUAUGUGGAUCCGAUGCAGUCCGACCUCCUGUGCGAGAUCCAGAACAUCACGAGCCAGGUAUACGUGGGGCCCGACAGGAAUCCAGCCAUGGUGCAGAAGGAGAUGUUCUGCAAGACCAUCAAGCGCAUCCAGGUCGACUCCUACCCCAACCGCGUCUUCUACGUGGCUGAAGAUAGGCCCAUCCCUAAGGACAUUUUCUUUUCGGCGGAGUACAGGGAAUUCCUGGGCCCCGCGAUCGACGCCGCCGACGCUGGCCACCCCCCCCAGGCGAUCGCCCGUCUGAGGCUGAAAACAGCCAAGUGCGUGCUUGCACCCGUGGGGUCGCCCCUCACGGACAUCCUGGAGGCGAAAAUCAAAAACUGGCUGGUCAACAACAUCCCCGACUGGAAUGGUUUCGAGGCGGCGCCGGCGGCCAUGCAUUUGGGCCUCUGGAUUGGGCCAGGCGCGUCUUCCGAGCCCUGGGCCACCCGUCAGCUGAAGCAUUUCCUUGUGCACGUUGGCGUCGCGAGAGCGAGUUCGGAGAUCGCUUGCCGCACGCGCAACCGCCAAUGCAUUGCAGUGCUCUCGUACCCGGCCCAGCGCUUGCACUUGCCGCCCACGUUCCAAGAGAAGAAAUGUACCCAUUUCUCUCAGAUAUUCCACAUGCCCCACUCCCGUCUCAAACAUGCAGACUGGAUUCAGUUGGAGAAGUGGCGCGGCCCGAAGUUGACGAGCACGCAAGCGCUGAGUCCGGCGUCGCUGAUGAGAGCGGGCCUAUUCACAUUCAACGCGUGGCAGCCUGCCAUGCAGGAGCUAGCGGAAAGUACUGACGCAUGCUUGUCUCUGCCAGCCAUCGCCAGGGGCAAGCUCUCCGCCGACUUCUGGAAGGGGAUAGCGCCCCAUAAGAUGGGGUCCCUCGCGCUCUGGCACAAUAUUGAGUCCUACGUGACAGGGCCCCACUCCCACACGAUAUGUUCGCUCUUCGAGCUCGUAUUCCUUGGCCUUGGUAAGCCUCUUCCUACCGACCCGCUGCACGCUUGUACCACGCAAAUGUGCGAGCUGCUUGGAGCUCGGCUGGAGGUCGAACAGCCUCUGCCGCAACUGGCCAUCUUGCUUUGCGAGCCGUCAGCGACGGAGACGACCACGGGGCCCACGAAGGUCGACCCUGCAGCACUUCUUGAGCAGCUUGCCUCCCUUCCGCAGUUCACCAAGGAGGUCAACACGUUACGUCAGGCGCAAGAGAGGCACAAGGAGAGCCAGGUGGUGCAGGUGUCUCCCCAGGAGUUCUAUACGAUGUCCGCGAAGGAACUCAAGUGGGAGGCGGACGCCCUCGAGAGGGCUUCCAAGGCAGAGCUCGAGGCGGAGCACAAGUUGGAGGUCGCCAGGGAGGCCACGAAGUGUUUGGCCCUGGAGCACGCCAGAGCCAAGAAGGAGCAUGCGGACGCGGUGACACGCGUGGCGGCGGAGGCCAACAUCCAUCAUGUCCCGCAGGGCUACACGUCGGACGGGAAGCGCGCGGUCUUCGCGGUGGACGACACGCUCUUCCAGGACAUCGGCGCUUCCGACGAAGAAGAGCAGCGGGUCUUACGGGCCCUGGAGGCCACGAUCAAGGAGAAGUGCGACCAGGACCAGCGAGGGGAGGCGAAGCGCACCGAGCAGUCGAACGAGGACUCCCCCGAGUUGCUGGCGGCAGCAGAAGCGGACAGAGCAGCGGCAUUGGAGCCUGAGCGCAAAAGGAUCGCGAACAAUGCCAAGGCUUGCGGCAAAGGGCCGAAUGAGAAGACCCUGGUCAGACUGGCGUCCUUCCUUAGCAUGGUCAAGGAGCCCUGGUUGGUGAUUUUCGACUGGAACACGCAUCCUUCUGAGUGGGCAACGACAUCCUGGCUGGAGAGGCUGGGCGCUCAGGUCAUCAUUCCAUCCAACGGCGAAGUUACGUGCAACAGGGGUCGCGGCACGCUCAUCGACUACGCGAUCGCGAAGCGCGGGAUCCCGACAGCCAUGAAGCUAUCAAUCGCGCCCGAGGUAACCUUGAAGACCCACGCAGGACUGGCGCAGGAGGUUAAGGACAGCGGGGAGGAGAGCGCCCCCUCCAACAUUGAUCACGAGGCCUGGGAGCAGGCGCGGAUGCUAGAGAAGACCCAGGCACCAUUCCUGGAGGAAAAGCGGGAGCCUGUCCCGCACUUUCUCCCGGAUAGGGACAUGCCAGCCAGGGGCAGGUUGGCGCCCAGCUACGCGGACUGGGCGACGACGCCCGAGGAGGCCACCAUCAUCACGCACAAGCUCGAGCAGCAGGAGGCCGACAUGGUCAGGGGCAGAGCCAAGGGCUAUGCGUGCAGGUGGGAGCGGACGCGCGCGACCCCCGAUCGCCUUCACUUGCGAGACCCAGUGGCAGAGUGGUGGAAUAUAUGCAGUACUCUCAUCAAGCGAGCGGGAGUACUACGGCAGUCUCAACGAAUUUCCGGUUUACAAGUGGUCUUCAGCAAGAUCGAAAACCUGAUGGGCAUUAAUAACAUUACGGACAUGUUGGCGAUUUUCCACAACGAGGGCAAGUUCAAGUGUUGGUUAGGCAUGGUCACCAUGAUUUCAGGCGAAUCAGAGUUCCCAGCAGUGGGUGAUUCGCACGUGGAAGACUACUCCAGGAGUAAUCCACAGGAGCGCGAGCUGAUCACGGCAGAGCAGAUAUACGAGGCAACAGCAAGCAUGAAUGCGAAGAAAUCGAAGGGCAUAGACGUAAUGGGGCCAGUGGAGGUUCAGAGGCUACCACGGGCAGGACCUGGACGCCGCUUAACAACGUCAUUGGCGAUGGUAUACGGCAAUAAGGAUCCAGCCAAGUCGCUGAAGAUGUGGCUGAAGAUGCGGUGCCCAGGGAGCUGCGCGGGCUCCGGCGACUGGGCGCUGAACGUGGUGGUGACGACAGGGGGCCAGUGGCCUCGUGAGAGGUUGCUUCAG